AUGCUGCGACAGCUGUCGGAUCUGGAGUCGCGCGACGGGUGGCGGAUCCGCGUGGCGACGCGGUACGGGGUGGAGAGCGGUUUAGAUGGCAAACAGAUCCGCGACUUGUGGCAGCCGUCGGAUCGGACGGUGAUCGUGGUGGCUGACGUGGCAUCACCCAACAUCCUCAGCUUCAGCAUUGGAGAGGCUGUGCGGUCCAAGCUGCCCUACCAGUUCUUCACAGAGCUGCAAUCCAGCAGCAAGGCUGUUCUAUCCAAGCUGCCCUGCCAGUUCUUCACAUGCCCAUCUGGGACCACCACAUGCUCUUACCCCCUCCACCUCCUCCCCUCCAUCUCCCUCUCAUCCAUUUUCUCCACCUCUCUCCACAUCCCUUCUGCCGCGCCUCUGCCUCCCCUCUCAUCCUUCCGUUCACCUGUCAACCUUCUUUUCACUUGCAUUGCUUAA